AUGACAGACUCGGUUCCCACAAGAUCCAAGCUGGCGUUAAAGGGAUCUUCGCGCAUUGUUUCUGAUUUCUUCGAGUACAGUAUCCACAGCAUUCUGUACCAGCGGGGGAUUUACCCGCCGGAGGACUUCCAGACCGUAAGGAAGUACGGGCUCAACAUGGUGGUUUCCACGGACGACGAGCUCCAGUCGUACAUCAAACGGAUCAUGAAGCAAUUGCACCGCUGGAUUUACGGGGGCAGCAUUUCGCGGCUCGUGGUGGCGAUUGUAUCGAAGGAUUCGGGCGAAACGGUGGAAAAGUGGCAGUUCAACCUGGAAAUCAACAAAGAGUCGCCAGAGACGGUGGAGGAGGCCGCGAACAAGCCGAACGAGCAGAUACAGAGGGAGAUCCAGGCAAUCAUUCGGCAGAUCACGGCCUCGGUGACCUUUUUGCCCGAACUCGACGACGAGUGCACGUUCAACGUGCUUGUUUACGCCGACCAGAACUGUCGCGUGCCGGAAGAGUGGGGGGACUCGCGCACACAGGAGCUGACGGGCGAGGUGGAAAACGUCAAGUUCCGCAGCUUCUCCACGGAUAACCACAGAGUCGACGCGUUGGUGUCGUACAAGUUCUCGCGAUAG